UAAAAAUAGACACAGCUCAAAAGUGGAGCCAAGCGCUUUCUGUCUGCUUUGUUUGCAUCUUUGCUAUUAGUUGUUUACUGUUUAUGCAACUAAACGUCAAAGCGACCAUUGUUUUACGAUUUUUUCGUCUAAUCUUGAAGUUAAUUUCAUAUUGUUCAGUGCAUUUGAUAGUUUUUCAUUGUGCUAUAAAAUGAUGCAUGAGAUGUUAGAGGAACACUAGCGAAAAAGUGAAAAUAUCCGUUAUUUUAGUUCGUUUGUGAACAGUGUACAGUGGACUCGCCCAGAAGAUCCAAAUAUAGGACUAGCGCGUUAUUUCAAGGCUUGUGUAUAAACAACUUUUUGAACCUGUGUGCAGUGAACAUUCUCCUUGACACCACAUCCUUUGUGAUGUCCCCAAAUUACUCAGCAAAGAAUUCAAUCAGAUACCAUCGCGCCCCUUCAGUUAGUUUGGUACAUUUGAAGAGAAAAGGCAUAUUCAUACACCCAACUGCAAUGUUCAAGAACUUUUAUAGUCCCAAUCCGAGUAUUACGUGUAGAAUAUAAGUUGUCUCAGUGCGAAAUUCUCAUUUCCAAGUUUUGUGAUAUUUGUCAAAAUGAAGCUUCUCGAGAGCACCAGGUUUGAAGCUCUCAGCAAUGCUCUCUGUGUCCAAACCGGUGAUAGCAAGAUCAUAGGUCGCAUUGAAAGUUACUCAUGUAAAAUGGCUGGUGGCGAAAAAGCCCUAUAUAAACGUUUUAAUCCUGAAGGGGUCAAUCCCAAUGAUCUACAAGCCUUGUCACCACCGCAGAGUGCAACACAGUACAGUACGAGUGUGUCUGGUGAUGAAGAGGGGCCUCUGUGCGAUACCAUCAGUCGCAAGACUCUGUUUUACUUGAUUGCCACAUUGAACUCUGCCUUCCCUGAUUAUGAUUUUAUGGAUGCAAAGAGCCACGAGUUCAGCAAAGAGCCAUCCAGACAAUGGGUGACCAAUGCGAUAGACACCAACUUGGCAGCAACAAUUGGAGACCAGUUCAGGCUAUUGGGGCCCUCUUUGUGGUCCGCAAUCGACGAUGAAAUCUCCCUGGAGAAUUGUGAUAUUUACUCGUACGAUCCUGACUUAGGGUCAGAUCCGUUUGGUGAAGAUGGGUGUUUAUGGAGCUUCAACUACUUUUUCUACAAUAAAAAGUUGAAGAGGAUCGUGUUCUUCACAUGCAGAGCUAUCAGGGGGUUGGGAGGAAUAUCUCAUUCUUUUCUACGUUGGUAUAUUUAUACGCCCCCGACCCCAGUAAUUAUUCGCACAUAUUCGGCAUAUUUCACUCAUCAAAGAUGUCCCCAUACAUAUACCCGAUGGACAAGCGUUGUCGUCGGUGGUCGUACAGUCGGCAAUCGCUUACACUCUACUGUGAGCUGCGUGAGUUAUGGCUGGUGAAGGCCAAUAUUGUCGUUUACGCGGGAUUGGUCAUCGCAAGGAUCAUGUGUACCGGAAUCCAAGAUACGCCAGUGACUCUGGAUUCGGCAGUGACUUGAUUAUGGACGAGGAUGAUGAUGGUCAGUACUAAUACGGAAAAGAGAUAUACCCCUUUUAAUCUACCUGUCUAUAUUUUAUUCAUUACAAUUGACUCUUUGUAGACGCUAGGGAUAUAUCAAAUUAUAUUAUCAAUGAUUAAAUGUAUCUUAUCUUGCUGGAUGAUUCAUGUGAACUAUCGAAGAUUUACUUGAUUCCAUUCAUCAUACUUUUGAUUGUUCUACUCCACUCACUGGUACAUACAAGUAUGAACGGUUUUUUAUUAAAAAAAUGUUGAUAGACAUGUAUUUAUAGACAAAACUUGAAACAAGGGUAUUUGUACUGAUUUUCAUAAAAUGUGCUUACAAAUAAGCAUUAUACGACGGAUUACAGAAAGUAAAUCAGUGUUCAUGCAACAUUUUGCAUAAUAUAGCCCCUAGUGGAUAGCAAUGGAUGCUAGCAUCACCUCUGGUUGAUGUUUAACCUCGAAUUAUCAAAUUGAUCGCUUAAAUAAUUCGUUCUAUAUUACUUAUGCAAACGACUACUUAUGAAGCUCACAAAGAGUAGGGAGCCCUACAAAAUUAUUUUCCAUAGGUGUAUUCUUACAUUUUCUUGUUGUUUUGGAAUGAAGUUCAAACAUUUGAUGUUUGAAGUUGAGUUAUUUUUGACAUGUAUGCGUUCGUUCAUUUCAUUAGUUUUUAUGUCCUGGUUGUAAGAUUGUUUUGGAGCUUUUACUGUUCUAUAUCUGUACAAAAUAUCUCAAUAGAUACGUAGGAAAGGAUAUGUUAAAUAUUCCGAGUAUUUCAAGAUAAUGCAUUAAAAAUACUUGACAAUGACUGUGAUACAUUUGAUAAAGACCAUAUGGAUUAUAAUACGCUCUUGAAAUACUGUGAAUCGUGCUACACGGAUUUAAAAUUAACAACAUGGAAAAACAAAAUUUUCUCAGAAUAUUGCCGCAUCUACAAGUGCUUCAUUUCACAAAUUAUAUUUAUCUAGUCUCCUGAAAUGUGAUGUCUAUACAGUGAAAUUCAUUUACUUUUUCACUGUAUACAUAAAUAUGUAAGAGGUGUUAGAGACCACAUGGCCUUUACCAAAAAAGUACAGUAACAGUCAUAUGGACAUACCCAGUUUGGAAUAAUACAUAGCAUAGAAGCUUCAAGAUAUAUAAAAGUAGAUCAGUAGAUGAGAAUGGCAACUUAUACUAUGCUACUAAUAAUUGGUGUAGUUUUUUGGAUGAAUGUACAGUUUCGAAAUCGAAACGUCAAAAGUACAAAUUAAAAAGUCUUAAGUACUAAUAUUAUAUAGUGUAAGGAUAAAAAUAUAUUUUAGCAUUAGAUGCAAUCUCAGUACUAUGUUAAAUGGAGUGUUUUAUUUUUUAUAGUUGAACCAUUAAUUAUUCUAUAUUCAUUCUUUUGAGGUCAGUAACCUAGCACAUAGGAGCAGUACCUCAAAUUUGACGCACAUUGGUCAUAUUUUUUAUUAAGAAAUAGAUACAAGGAUUCAUGUCUCAGUUAAUAUCAUACUCAUACUAUGUAAUGCCAGCCACACACGUCAGUAUCUGAUACUAGCAGUGGAUGACAUAAUUUGAUCCAUUUAAUGCUAACAGUGCCACGCGUAUUUGUGUAUGCGCAGCGUUUACACCGAAUAUUUGGCGUCUGUUUGUGUAACAAUCAUACACUGUACUCAAUUUUUGAUGAAUAUUUUCUCCUUAUUUGCUGAAUACAGAUGUGUAUGGCCUGCAUAUCAGAGAAAGUGAACAACAUAAUAGGUAUAUGUAUAAAACUCCUAGAUAAACCGUACUGCUCUCCACAUUAAGUAUUAUGUAUAAGAAAAUGAAGUACUUUUUUUAGCUUUAAACUGAACUAACUAUACAUCGUAGAUUUGAUCUCCAAAUUUUAAUCUAUAUUAUUAAUUAUAACAUAGUUGUUUAAAACAUACAUAUACAAAAUUGAUUGUAAAGAGAUGAUGCAAUAAUGUGUGAUCUGAAUAAAAUAUAUUAUGU